GAUUCUUGUCGUGCUAUGCAUCGUAUUCAUCUAUAGGAUUUUAUUCCCUUCUUUUCUAAUUUGCUUUUUUUCGCUUCGUGAUCCCCUCUUCCCUUCCUUUCGACUUUCAAGGUCGAGGUGUAGGUGCUGUCGCGCUGCCCUUCCGUUCCUUUUGCUAUUACUCUGUUAUUCGCCUUACUAUUUUUUCUCUCGCCGCCCGCGAUAGCCUUUUACGAAAGACGCCGGUCGUCGAUUAACGCUUUGAAAAUACGAUUUCACGUACUGGAGGAAUAGACGGGAAAAAUAUACUUCAAGAGCUAGGAAACUACCCGACAAUUCAAAAUGGUCAACAAGGUGCUUGCGGCCUUCGUGGUCACCGAUGGAUUAUUCGUUUCUAUGGGUGCUAUUAUGCUGGGCUUCUCUAUCAUCGUCCAGCAAACCUGUUUCAAUACGCCGAACGAUGGAAACGAGGCGGCCCGCGAUCUUCUCUACCAGAGAUUCCCCUUUACUGCCGGAAUCGUCAACGCCAUCUUCGUAUUGGUAACCUUCUUGGUCACGAUCCCCUCGCUGGCGACAAAUAACCGGAGCUGGUUGAAACUUGCUGGAUACAUGAUUGUGGUGGAUGCCAUAUUCACCUUGGGUAUCGGUGUGGAUCUGUGGAUCAUCACCCUAAAGAUGAAGGCCGAAUUCCAAUCCAUCUGGUUCGCCCAACCGGCCAAUGUUCAGGAACUGAUGCAGACGGCUUUCAGCUGCUGCGGCUUCUUCAACAGCAGCUCCCCUGCUUUCAUCACCGAUACGACCUGCCCUAGUCCUGCCGCCGCCGCCCUUAUGAGGGGUUGCGCCACCCCUCUCACCUCGUUCGGAAACACGUUUGUGGACAACAUCUUCACGGCCGUGUUCGGUAUGGUCGGUAUCGACACCAUAAUGGUCAUGGCUAUCGCUUGCCUGCUCAAGGACCGAAAGGAGCGCGAACGGUUCCGUUAUAUCGACGAGAAGAGCGGUGCCCGAGGCACGUUCUAAACCAGCUAGACGAUCAAUAUCUUCCACUACGACGUACUGCACGCCAUGGAUUGGUUAAUGUGUGUACUGCACUGCGGUCACGUAGCGACUUGAUUUACCGGAGAUAAGAGAUCUGUCCGUUGAUCCUAUUUGACGAACUCUUAUGAGAUCACGCCGAAUAAGGGGACAAUGUUCGACUCUAAUAAUCUAUGCCUCAGGGUUUUCGAGCUUGGGAUUUUCGAGUAGAAAUCUACUCGUACGGAGAUUUGCGGGAGUAUUGGG